UCUGUUUAAAGCUGUGAUUUUACUUGGAAAACAGGGAUGUCUGGACACUUUAGCCUGAAUGGAAAACCUUGAAAAAUAUGGCUUGGCUACUUAUUGUCCCCUCUGUUGGCUAGCAGUACUAAAUAUCUAAUUCAAGCCGUUUCUAUCCAAUGUUACUGGAUGAAGUCAGCAUUAUGGAAUGGGAAUAGGAACGGAAAUGAAUGCGCGGAGAGACAGAAAGACAGCAAAGACAGAGACAGAUGGUGUGAGAGAAGCAACGAGAGGGUAAACAAACCCUGUGUGAAGCCGAAGCGGAGUAAUGGAACCGACUUUCAGUGGAAAAGUGCCGAGUGGGCACACUGCCAUGCAUCAGGUUCUGGACACUCUGAGUGACAGCACAAGUUCCACCAUGGCCAAUGACCUGGACCUCAUCUUUCUCAAGGGUAUCAUGGAGAGCCCCGUGUUCCCGUCUCCCUGCUGCCCGCAGGCCCAUGAGAACCUGGAGGAGUCCAGACUGGAGGCGGUGAGUGACAACAACAUUGAGCUGGUGCAGGACAUCCUGAAGGAACUCACUCCCUUCACACACAGGAGCAAGGCCGCUGAUGAACUGGCACGCAUUCUGAAGGAGCCACACUUCCAGUCUCUCCUGGAAACCCACGAUUCAGUGGCCUCUAAGACAUUUGAGACUCCUCCUCCCAGUCCCUGUUCUUUCAUGGAUGCUGCCUUUAACAACCAGCCGGUGCCCCCAGAUGCAGUCAGGAUGGUGGGCAUCCGCAAGGUGUCAGGAGAGCACUUGGGUGUGACAUUUCGGGUGGAGAGCGGAGAGCUGGUGAUUGCGCGAAUCCUCCAUGGUGGGAUGAUCGACCAGCAGGGCCUCCUCCACGUGGGUGAUGUCAUCAAGGAGGUGAAUGCGAAGGAGGUGGGCAAUGACCCAAAAGUGCUCCAACAGAUGCUGAAAGAAGCCAGUGGGAGCGUGGUGCUUAAGAUCCUCCCCAGCUACCAGGAGCCUCACACCCCUCGCCAGGCUUAUGUGAAGUGCCACUUUGACUACGAUCCGUCCCACGACAACCUAAUCCCCUGUAAGGAGGCAGGCCUGUGCUUCAGAAAGGGAGACAUCCUGCAGAUCUUUAACCAGGAAGAUCUCAACUGGUGGCAGGCAUGUCACCUGGAGGGGGCCAGUGCGGGACUUAUCCCCAGCCAACUCCUGGAAGAGAAGAGGAAGGCGUUCGUCAAGCGAGAUCUGGAACUGGUUACUACAGGUCCUCUUUGUUCAGGAAUGGGAGGAAAGAAGAAAAAAAAGAUGAUGUAUCUGACGACCAAAAAUGCAGAGUUUGAUCGUCAUGAGCUGAGGAUCUACGAGGAGGUCGCCAAGGUUUCCCCGUUCCGCCGGAAGACCUUGGUUCUGAUUGGAGCACAGGGAGUUGGCCGCCGUAGUUUGAAGAACAAGCUGCUGGUGUCAGACCCGCUACACUACGGUACCACCAUCCCCUUUACCUCAAGAAAACCCAAGUUGGAUGAGAAGGAUGGGCAGAUGUACUCGUUCAUGACCCGAAGUGAGAUGGAGUCGGACAUUAAGAACGGGCGCUUCGUGGAGCAUGGCGAGUAUGACGGUAACCUCUACGGCACCAAGAUCAACUCCAUCCACGAGGUGGUGGACGCUGGCAAAAUUUGCAUUCUGGAUGUCAACCCACAGGCGCUUAAGGUCCUGCGGACAGCAGAAUUCCUCCCUUACGUGGUCUUUAUUGAGGCCCCAGAUUACGAGGUCCUCAAAGCCAUGAAUAAAUCUGCCAAAGAGGCCGGAGUGAUGACCAAACAGUUAACAGACUCUGAGCUGAAAAGGACAGUAGAUGAGAGCGAGAGGAUUCAGCGCGCCUACGGACAUUACUUUGACCUGAACAUCAUCAACGAUGGCCUUGAGGGGGCCUUCUGCAGCCUGAAGACGGCGCUGGAGAGACUGAACACAGAACAGCAGUGGGUUCCUGUGAGCUGGGUCUUCUAAAGGCCAAUUAGUGUUUGGAGCUGGAGGUCAGGAGGUCAUAUGGAGGUCAUAAGUAGGUCAGAAUAGAGGUCAAAGCCUGGGGUGAUGGUAAAGGCUGCAGGUAGCGAGGGACCAAUCAGCAGAGUAAAAUGUGAAGGCGUGGAGCUUCCCUCCGCAGCUACGGAUUGGUUGAAGGUCUGUGUUGUAGGGCCAAACACAGCGCUUAAAACUAUGAAGACUUUUGCCAAAUUAUAGUUCCUCCGCAGACAUGAUGUCAAACUGUAAUUUGUGUACAAAAUAAUAUAAAACAAGAAACAAAAUACACUGGUAUUUGUUCAGGAGGCUUUAGAGGUGAUUGGUACAUUGUGUAGCGUGUGAGAUAUUUGAGUGACAGUAUAUAAUAUAUGUUGAAGUAGGCUUAUAUAUUUUUCAAAUACUGUGCUGGAGGUCUUGGAGUAUAAUAGAUACCCAGUUGUCACAUCAUUCUUUAUAUUUUCUAUAUUUGGUCGUACAAUUGUAAAAGACAAUGUGCUGAUCUUACAGAACUUAUUCUAACUUAUGUUUCUUUUGUUGAAAGAAAAUAUAGCAAUACAUAAUCUGAGAAAAAUACAUGCAGACCCACACGGGAUACCUGCAUACCUACAUCUAAUUACACACAGGCAUAAAAUCAGCAACUAUCCAAAAAAGAUUGUCCUGAUGUGCUUCACUAGGCAUGCUUUGUUGUCUCACUCUGAGAAUGUACUUUCUGAAUUGUCAGCUUUCAUUUCUUUGUUCUUCGUUGCCAUGUUUUUAAGUGUAUAUUUUUUUUAUCAGUUAAUUGUGUGAGAAGUAUAGCUGGUGAGCAAUUUUUAGCACAGGUCUGAGCACAGUUACUAGGAAUUCAGUCCCCUUACUUUUGAAAAAUUUACUCCAAUUAUCUCCUGCAUUGUCUGACCUUUUCUGAAAGUUUGUUUUUAUAGUCAUAUUUAGAGUAUGUUUUUCCUUGUUGGAUGAAUACAGGUUAUGUAAAACAGUUAAAUAAGUGGCUUCCAAAAUACAAUGCCUUAUCAUGGUACAGAGGCCAAAAAUAUACUCUGGAUGUAGGUUAAAAUGUUAUCUAUUUUUUACAGUUAAAGCACGAUUAUGUUAUCGUUCUCCCUAAAAUAAAAUACGUAUGUAUAAUCCCAGUGAUUUUAUUUCUGAAUUUUGUAAAUACUGUACUGUAACAAGAUAUAUAAAGAAAUACUUUGGUGCUCUGGGUUACAAUUCUAGUGUGUUGGGGUAGUGGGACAGCUACACAAGAUUGUAAUUUUGAUGUUCAUAGAAAAAUAUAUUAAACAAAAUGUAGAGAAUUGCCUUGUCA